AUGACUGCGUGUUGCGGCUUUCGGAUAUGGAUGGUGCUCUUCAUGUCUGGCAUUCUGACGCUGUUUCUCUACAUAAAUGCCAUGUUUGGAGAAGACGAUUUCCGAGAGAGCAAAGACCCGCCAGAGAACUCCCAGGCUGAGAUGCAAGAGGCGGCAAGGACCAAAAACGUGCAGCCCGCAGCCAAGCUGAAUCUCCAGCCUCAAAUGGCGUGCCUAGCCAUGAUCUCCGUGUCUACGACGGCCAGUGAGCUGCAGAUUCGUGUGGAGCACCUCAGCCGGCAGCACGAGUACAACUUUAGAAAUCGAUAUUUGAUCUUCGACACAAAAGGAGAGGACCUCAUGGGACCCAUGCAAGAAGUCGCAGAUGCGCUGGUCAAGGGUAACUUCGUUGAUACCUGGAUGACCGUUGACUACUCCGCGGCGUACAAGCGUGGUGUCAAUAUGUCAGCGCAGUGGGACGACGUGGACAAAUUCCGACCAGGUCAUACACAUGGUAGAUCGUUUGACGAUUCGCAAACUGCAGAUAUUGAGUUGGCUCACUACUACGCGGUGGAUCAAUGUGAUGCACCUUAUAUUGCUAUUUUCCAAACAGACAUGAUCAUGUAUACACAGCGCGGAUACUCAUGGGUAGAGGAGGCGAUGCAGGCGCUCCGUGAUAACGAGGGGCUCGUGCUGAUCAUUCCCUCCUUCCCGGGUAUCGCGUCGCGCAGAGUACGACAGCGGCCCACCACCAGGCCCAUUGCCAAAUUCUUCAACGAGCAGCUCAAAGGAGAUGUUAUGCUGGAAGACACUACUUGCCAGCAUCCCUUUACUCUGCCAGGCAGAGCUUGCUUGGUGGACAUCCACAGAUACCGGCGGCUCCCGGGGCGAAGUCAGAUUAUGGAGUACCGUUGUGGGGGCCAACUCGUUCGAGGGGUUCCCUGCAGAUCGCUCCAGUACGUCAGAAAGUGUGGCGGCUUGCGGACUUGGGAAGCUGCGGUGGAGUGUGUGAUCUGCAACAGUGAGAACACACGACAGGCUCACCUCAGCAACUGGCAGAAAUCUUGGGUGCAGCAUGCCCCGCUGACCUCUGUGAGGUAUGAUAUGGCCAGGCUGAAGUCAGAUGUUAUUAUCAUCGAAGCCGGAAGGGAUGCGGCGGACAUGGGCUCCGAGUACAAGGGCCUCGUUCCAUAG